AACAAGACAUCUAAAGUACCACAAAAUAUCCCAAAAUGCAAUGAAAAAAACUUUCAAAUUCAAGAUUGUGAGCUGCUCUGUGUCCCCCAUCCUGCACCCAUGGCUCUAUAAAUAAUGACUGGCAGCUGAAAUGGGACUUUGUGACUUUAAGAUGUGACUCUGGGAGAUGUGCUCUAUCUAUUGUUGAUGAGACAAAAGCGCGAGUCAGAUUCAUAUAGGAGUGGCGGGGAAUAACUUCUCAUAUCCUCAUAUCAGAGUCACAAAGCCAAGCAGCAAACUUCAAUAACCCCCUGAAUACUUCUUUCUGGACAUGGGUUGUUAUGAUUGCUGUAUCCGCUGCCUUGGGGCAGUGCCCUACCCGUCCCUGGUGGCCACCUUGCUGUGCUAUGCUGGCAUGGCGUUAUUUUGUGGCUGCGGGCACGAGGCAUUGGCCAACACUGAAGUCCUGGUGGAGACUUACUUCGCCCGCAAUGUUCAGGACUUUGCUGUCAUGGCUUCUUUUAUCAAAUACUUCCAGUAUGUCAUCUAUGGCCUGGCAUCAUUUUUCUUCCUCUAUGGUAUCCUGCUUCUGGCUGAGGGAUUCUACACCACGAGCGCAGUCAAGCAGACGUUUGGUGAAUUCAGGAGCACUCAUUGCGGCCGCUGCGUCAGCCUCACGUUCAUCAUAGUGACGUACAUCUUGGCCUUCAUCUGGCUGGCUGUCUUUGCCUUCUCUGCUAUCCCGGUUUACUUCUUGUUUAACAUGGAGCAAACCUGCCACACCGUCAACAUUCUGGCUGAGACCACCCCCAGCAUCAAUCAGCACGGCUGGAUCUGCAUGGACGCAAGGCAGUUCGGCCUGCUCCCGUGGAACGCCAUGCCAGGAAAGUCUUGUGGGAUGACCUUGGCAUCUAUUUGCAAAACCAGUGAAUUCUACGUCACCUAUGACCUGUACAUUGCCACAUUUGCUGGAGCUGGAGUCACUCUCUUAGCACUGUUCCUGUACAUGAUUGCCACCACCUACAACUACGCUGUGUUGAGGUUCCUGGGCAGGAAAGGGAUCCGCUAAACUACAACACCUCCAUCCCUGUCAACCCCAUCCUCUAUGAGAUGGACAGUCGACAUGUGCAGCACUAGAUUUCCAUUCAUCCUCUGGGAUACUUCCAAACCUGGUUUUCCUGCUACAGUAUUUCUCUAUAGACGUGUCCUGUAACAGACAUCAUUUUUUGUAUGAACAACAGACAGAGAGAUGAAGAUUACUCUCACCCGGCAGAUCCAGCAGCAAAUCCCUUCCUCAGAUGAUUCUCUUGGCUUUGUUGUUCAUUUUCCCUUCUCACAGGAUGUAUCUCAUUUGAUUCUUUUUGUGAAGCUUCAUUGGUGCUGAUGCUGUGAUCAGAUUGUUAUGUACGACGUUUCAUGAAUAAUUAAGAGCGAUGACAGCUCGCCUUGCAAAUCAUAACUGCGUAUCCUCCACCCAGAGUUUACUGAUGCAUAUAUUUGGUUCUGGAUUAGAUUUUUCUGCUUCCUCAUUUUCAACUAAAGCAAGUGAAGCUGAAUGUACCAAAGUUAUCUCUGAGGUUUAGGCGUCUCCUUUCAUUUCUCUUUGUGCCUUUACUCACAAUACAUGUACUUUGCAUUCACUCAUAUUGCGUGUCUGCUUUGCUUGAAUCGCACAGCGUAGCAUGGAAACAAAGACGUGUAUCCUUCUCCUGGAGUCCUUUUUUUUGGUUACUGCUUAAAAUAAGCUGCUUUUUAUAUUACUGAGGUGUUGAUGCUUCAAUAACGUGCCUCCAGGUGAUUCCUGCGUGUGUGCUUAUUUGAAAUUAAGGCUGAUUAAACCAUUUAAAUCUGAA